AGGCUGCGUCGCGCUCCUGCGUCUGUGAUUCUCCUGAAGACGCACUGUCGCUCAGCCCCCCACCAGCUGGGUGAACUCCUCCGCGGUGCCUGGCGGCAGCACUGGAUGACCCUCAGUGGACGACAAGACACUUCUCCAGCGCCCGGUGGACAGCGAUGGCUCCUCCGGUUUUGGGCAGCCGGCAGGAGUCUCCGAAUUCCCUCUUUUAUAUCCUACCGAUCUCCUCCGUGGGACUCGAGACCGGACAGGACAAAGUGUCAAAACGCACAGAAAAACUCCUGUUGAAGCUGCUAAGAUCCAUGUGACACACUAUUAUAAAGAUGGAAUGUAUUAAAGAAGAGAGUGAAGACAUGAGGAUUGAAGAAUUUUUCAGAGGCAAACAUGAAGAUACUGAGACACAAACGGAGAUGGUGUUUAUUAAAGAGGAGAGUGUGGACACAAGGAAUGAAGAAGCAUUCAGAGUCAAACAUGAAGAUAUUGAGACACAAACAGAGAUGGUGUUUAUUAAAGAGGAGAGUGAAGACAUGAGGAAUGAAGAAGCAUUCAGAGUAAAACAUGAAAAUACUGAGGAACAAAUAGAGAUGGUAUUAAUUAAAGAGGAGAGUGAAGACUUGAGGAAUGAAGAAGCAUACAGAGUCAAACGUGAAGGUACUGAGGAACAAACAGACCCGAAAGAGGAGCAUGAAUUAUUGAAUGAAAUGCAAGAUAAAGAUCAGUACACCAAAUAUAAUUCCAUAACUGGAGAAAAAUCUUUUAGUUGUUCACAGACUGAAAAGUCUUCCUCACUGAAAAGAGCUCAAAAGACUGAAAGUAGAAGUAAUUUCACUUGCCAACACUGCGGAAAGAAUUUCAAUCAACAAGGAAACCUUAAAGUCCACAUGAGAAUUCACACCGGAGUGAAGCCUUACACCUGCAAACAGUGUGGAAAUACUUUCACAGAAAAAGGAAACCUUAAAAAACAUAUGAGAGUUCACACAGGAGAGAAGCCUUACACGUGCAAACAGUGUGGAAAGAGUUUCAAUCAACAAGGAAUCCUUAAUGUCCACAUGAGAGUUCACACUGGAGAGAAGCCGUACACCUGCCCUCAGUGUGGAAAUAGUUUCACUGAAAAUGGAAACCUUAAAAGGCACAUGAGAAUUCAUACUGGAGAGCAGCCUUAUGCAUGCCUUCAAUGUGGAAAGAAUUUUACACAUAAAAGCAUUUAUAAUGCCCACAUGGGAAUUCACACUGGUGAGAAGCCUUUUACCUGCCAACAGUGUGGAAAACAUUUCAGUCAACAAGGAAACCUUAAAGUCCACAUUAGAGUUCACACCGGAGAGAAGCCUUACACCUGCAAACAAUGUGGACAUGGUUUCAUUAAAAAAGAAAGCCUUAAAAGACACAUGAGAGUUCACACUGGUGAGAAGCCUUACACGUGCUCUCAGUGUGGAAUCAGUUUCACUCAACUAUCAAGCUUUAACAGGCACAUGAGAGUUCACAUCAGAAAGGAGCAUUAAAACUUCUGUGUGGAAGAACUUCAAAACUAAACAUCAAGGCCAAUGUAUACUAUGGUUUUUACAUCUACACGAUGGUCUGCGUACACUUUGCAUGACACAAAAUACACCAAAAUAGUCUGCAUGAUUGAAAUCGCAAAAUUGCACGUUCUGAUUGUUAGGGUUCAAAGUCCAAAGCGUCCAAAUCUGUGUGUGCUGAUACAAUGUUAUUUGUAAGUUGUUCAGUCACAUUAAUGAAUUUUUACAAGACAUGACAAUGAGAUAAGUACGAUGUAUUCGUAUUGAGACUCGUUAAUAAAUCUGCUGUUGUCAACGAAAAGAAGCUCUGAGGUCUUCCUACGCGUUUCUGUCAAAAUAAAAGUUGAGAAAAAGCAAGAGCUCUAUCAAUAUUUAAAUAGAUGUUAGUAUUAUAAUUUAACUGUUGUUCUGUAAACAAAAAUUAAGUGAGUUAUAAUGAUAAGCACUACAACAGUUCUGCUGAUACAUUGUAACACACACACAGUGUUCAAAUUGGGAUUUGUAAUAUUUUCUAAUAGUUUAAAAGAAGUCUAUUCUCAGCAAGGCUGUACAGUAAAAAAAAUACAUGCCUAAUUCAAGAGGGGGUUCUGAAUGCCAAAAAUAUUAUUUUACUAACUUUUUAAUUUUAAGUAAAAUUUAGCAGAAGACCAGGGUGAUAUUUGGAAGAGUGCCAGGAAAAAAAAUAGUUUUGAUAGGUAUGGUGAGACCCUAUCUGUGUGGAAAUAAUUCAAUAUCACAAUAUAUUGUUAUUUUUGUUUGCUUUUUUUUAACACUAAACCAUGGGGGAGCUUUUAAUCACACAGACUGUACAUGAUGUAUAAGAUGAGGUAUAUUUACAAAAACAAUUACAUCUCUCUGAGUUUUAUUUCAGAAACGUUAUACAGUAUUGUACUAUAAAUCAGUCAUUUGAAAACCCUGCAUUUCCCUGUGUAUAAAAAACAAGUGUUAAGAAUGUGCAACAGAAUGAAUAAAAAUAUGGGAGGGCGGGGCAAACACUUUUUGGUUUUGGUCAAUUAAAAUCAAUUCAAAUAAAUUUUUCAAUGUUACAUUAAUACUUUUACACAAGUAACAUACACAUCUCUGCUACAAACAAACACUUUGUUUCUAGGACCUACCAUUUUCGUACAAUUACAAUGAAAGUGACAGAAGAACAAAUGUUACACCUUACCCAACAGGUGGGGUUAAUUGUAAAACACAAUUUGAACUGAUUGAUUAACUGAUUAUUUAAAUGUUUUUUGUUUUUUUAACUUGAACACAAAUAUUCAAAUACUAUUCUGGGUAAAACUAUGAAGCCCAUAUUUAUAAUACAUUAUAAGGGUAUUCUUAAAGCAUUAUAAUGAAUGCAUAAU